UUGGUGAUAUAAGAGGAUUAAUAGAAUUUUAUGAUGCUAAAAUUAAUUUGGAAACAUCAAAUAAUAGAUUAAAUUCGGUAGAUCAAAAUAUUGGAAAUAUUUUAGCACAAAGAACUGAUCAUGUACCGUUAGAUAUUACAUUUUUUAAUUUAUUUUUAAAAGAAAUUUCAUCUUCGAAUCCAAUGACAACUUUAGAGAUGUUUAAUAGAUUACCAAAUUAUCUUGAACCAAAUAAUGAUACUAUAGAAUAUUUAUUUUCUUCUAUACAAACUUCUUUAGAUUUUAAAAAUUUUGGUAUACAAUUUUGUGAUGCUUUAAUUCGACAAAGAGCAAAUGUUGCUUCAGAAUCAAUGAAGAGUAUAUAUCAAAGAAUGUAUCGACGAAUUACUGGAUGUAAUGGAAAAUCUACAAAGGAGGUUGAUGUUAAUGAAUUUUAUUGGGUUUACGUUUCCGGGUACAUAGCACGUGAAAUUAUAAGUGUUUAUAACGAUCAAGAUUUGAUAGAAUGUUUAAAAAUGCUUGAAAUAAA